CUGCUGUGCUAUUACAAGGCUGCGGCAGAGCAACGUUUUAAUGCUUUAUACUCGAUUACGUGCAUGUUUUGUUUUUGCUUAAGUAACUGUGAGACAAGCUGUAAAGCAUCACAGGCUUUAUUUGUUUUAUUUAAACGCGCGUUUGGCCCGGCUGUGUUCGGCCCGAUACGGUACGGCCUGCAUAAGCAGAGGGACAGCCUAUAGCGCAGGCUAAUGGCUGCUGAGCUUAUUACUGCUACACACGCACUUCAAGUUUGUCCGUGAACUUUGCCACAUUUCGGAGCAAUGUCCAGCCUGUUGUUGGUGAGAAACGGAAGGAGAGCGGUUUCAGUAAUUGGCGGAGGGCGCAGAGUAACCGACGCACUUUCAGGAGUUCAUGCGGUUGCGCGGCGCUUCAUCAUAGAUAUGUCCUACUCAGCGCACUUCAUGGAUUUUAAAGGAUCCUCCAUACCGAGCACUAUGAAAAAGCUGGUCGUAACCAAGCUUAGUCCUAAUUUCAGAGAGGCUGCUUCUAUACAAACGGUUGCGGUUCCGACACCCGGAGACAAGGACUUGCUGGUGAGAAAUCGUUUUGUGGGGAUCAACGCCUCUGAUAUUAAUUACACUGCAGGCCGUUACGACCCAUCGGUGAAGCCUCCCUUCGAUGCCGGAUUCGAGGGGAUCGGUGAGGUCGUCGGCCUCGGACUCAGCGCCAGCUCCUGUUACACCGUCGGGGACACCGUGGCCUACUUCGGCAGCGGCGCGUUUGCCGAGUACACUGUGGUGCCAGCCAAGGAAACUGUGCCCGUCCCCUCCGUGAAGCCAGAGUUCCUCACCCUGCUGGUCAGCGGUGCCACAGCCUACAUCGCCUUGAAACGUCUGGGCGACCUGGCUAAAGGUGAGACCGUCCUGGUCACAGCGGCUGCAGGAGGAACGGGACAGUUCGCCGUGCAGUUUGCCAAACAGGCUGGUUGUCACGUGAUCGGGACCUGCUCAUCCAAUGAAAAAGCCGGCUUCCUUAAAUCCAUUGGUUGUGACAGGCCGAUCAACUACAGCGUCGAGGACCUGGCCAAGACGCUGAGGAAAGAGUACCCAAAAGGCAUAGAUGUGGUUUAUGAGUCAGUUGGAGGCAGCGUCAUGGAGCUUGCAGUGAAUUGUUUGGCAAAUAAAGGCCGGCUGAUUGUGAUUGGCUUCAUCUCGGGGUACCAGACUGCAUCGGGGAUCCCAGAGUUCAGAGGUGGAACACUACCAGUCAAGCUGCUCCAGAAGUCAGCCAGUAUGCGGGGUUUCUUCCUGCCCCACUUCAUCAGUGACUACAAGGAGGCUCUGGGUAGCAUGACGCAGUUGUUUGCCAAGGGGAAGCUAGUGUGUGAGGUGGACCGUGGGGAUUUGUCACAGGAGGGGAGGUUUGUAGGUUUAGAGUCGGUCUUCCGGGCUGUAGACUACAUGUAUGCUGGAAAAAACCUGGGCAAGGUCGUGGUGGAAGUGGCACCACCCUCUGUCAGUAAUAGUAAACUGUGAUUUAACUGAUUAAUUGCACUAAAGAAAUCAUACUUGAACUGAAAUGAUUGUUAUAUUAAAAAUGUAAAAUCAGAGCUUUAAUCAUUUUUAAUGGUGAUCACGCUCUUUAUUUUUGUAAUAUGAUUGAUAUGGCAUUAAAAGUAAAGCUGCAUAAUGCUUCACAAAGCAACUUUAUUUUCUGCUAUCAUGACUUUGAAAACUGUGUGCAAUAAAAAAGUGAUUGUUUUCUUGUUUA